CGAUGGUUUGCUGGCAUGCCAUGAUGCCACCUUUGUCAAUUUAUUCCAGUAUUUCAACACUUUUUAUUACUCCGUAUUAUUUAAUAGAAGCUCGUUUUUCUAAUUCAAUCCACUAGUGGAUGUAGGGUAUAUAUACACAUACAUCGAUCAGAUCAAUAUGGGCAAUCAAGCUAUACACCAAUACUCCACAAGAUGGCCCCUUCUACUCUCUUAAUCUUCUUAGUCUCCUUAUUUAUAUCAUUUUCUCUGUCUUGUGCUCAAAUAAACCCUCCACGACCCCAAGCCUUCAUUUUUCCCAUCAACAAAGACACCACAAGCAAUCAAUAUUACACCACCAUCCAAAUAGGUUCCAACGCCACCACUCUCAAUGUCGUUAUUGACCUCGGCGGCAAGCUCCUAUACUUCAACUCUGCCGACUAUUUCAAUUCAGCCUCAUCCUACCGUCCCAUACUAUGCGGAACCCAACAAUGCAGGAUCGCCAAUGGGGUCGGUUGCGUCUUCUGUUUCCAGUCCCCUCCGGUCCCUGGGUGCACCAAUAACACGUGCUCGGACUAUGCCCCGAACCCCUUCACCGGCACCCUGGGGUACAGUGGCCUGGGACAAGAUGUUUUACGUGUGACCUCCACGAGUGGGGCCCAGUACAAGAUAAAUAAAUUUUCGUUCCAGUUUUCGGACCCCGUUUUAAGAGAAGGUCUAGCUAGUCCUACUGCAGGAGUAGUGGGACUAGGUUUGACCAAGAUUUCCUUACCGGCCCAACUCGUGUCAAACUACAGGAUCCCUGAGAAAUUUGCGCUUUGCAUCCCCUCCUUGGGGAAUCACGGUAAGAUGAUCAUCGGUCAAGGGGCAUACGAUGGCUCGUUUCGAGAAAUCUCGAAAUCACUUCACACCACACCAUUGAUAAAGAAUCCUGUGGCCACUUGGCCUACAGAACAAACAGGCAACUUAAGUGUUGAAUAUUUCAUCAACCUCAAGUCCAUCAAAGUUGGUGACAAAACCCUCCCUCUCAACAAAACCCUACUCUCCAUCAACGCGAAAACUGGGGCGGGAGGCACGAGUAUACGAACCGUUAGACCGUAUACUACUCUCCAUAGCUCUAUAUACAAUUCUUUGAUCACGGAAUUCGUGAAGGCAGUUGAAUCUAAUAAGAACAUCAAAAGAGUUGCAUCUGUGGAUCCUUUUGGGGCCUGCUUCGAUUCGAAAACUAUGGAAAUGGACUCCAAAACAGGCCCCCAAGUGCCAACCAUUGACUUUGUCUUGCACAACAAGAAUGUGUAUUGGAGAUUUUAUGGAUCCCAUUCCAUGGUUAAAGUUAGCGAAAAUGUUACGUGUCUUGCGUUUGUGGAUGGAGGGAUUGGUCGUGCCGGCCUGAUAACCUCAAUAGUUGUGGGCGGAUAUCAAAUGGAGAAUCAUUUGCUCGAGUUUGAUGUGGGUUCUUCGAGGCUUGGAUUUAGCUCUUCGCUUUUGUUGCGUGAUACAAGUUGUUCUAUGUUCGGAGCUUCUUAGGUUCAUGUUUGGAAGAGUUUUCAUGUUCAAAUCUAUGGUCUAUAAAUAAACCUGCAGGAAAGUAUGUAAUAUAAUAAAGGGAGAUUGCAUGUCCCGUACUCGAUUCUUGGGUACUCCUUAAUAAAAGCAUGAAACUAAGGAUGGUAUGCUGUUCUUAUAAUUGGGUAUAAGUUGACAACGUUGUUAAUAUUACUCCAGUCAGACAUUGAUAUGUUCAUCUAAUAUUUAUUUUUAUCCAUAUUUUGAAGCAUAAUUACUAAAUUCAAGGUAAAUAG